AUGUCGACCACAAACGACUCCAUCAUUAUACCAGCAGGAUUUUACAUUGGCGGAUUUAAGUAUUUAUAUUUUACCGAUUUAUAUUUAAUUUUCCUGGUAGUGGUUUAUGUUGUAACGGUCUUGUCCAACUCCUUUAUCCUUUCAAUCAUAUGGAUAGAUCAUCGCUUACACACUCCAAAGUAUAUUGCGGUGGCAAAUCUGGCAAUGGUCGACUUGCUGUUCAGUACAACCCUUAUUCCUAGUAUGAUCAAAGUGUUUCUUGUGAAAGAUAAUUUUAUUUCCUACAACGCAUGCUUGACACAAAUGUUCUUUUUUACCUGCUUUUUCGCAUUAGAGUCGUUUUCCCUCAGUGUACUUGCCUAUGACAGGUUAAUAGCGAUAUGUUUCCCAUUGAGACAAACCUCUAUCAACACAAACACCGUUAUGAUCGCUAUUUUAGUCACGAUUUGGUCAUUGUGUAUUAGUGCUCUCCUGUUCUCGACCAUAAUCCAGACCAGGCUGUCUUUCUGUAAGUCUGUAAUUGUGGAGAGUUACUUUUGUGACUACGUCGUUUUCAAACUAUCUUGCAAUGAUAACAGUUUACAGAGGGCCACUGCCUCUUCUCUGGGACUAGUUUUCGUAUUUGGGCCUCUUAGUUUAACAAGCAUGUCAUACUGCUGUAUUUUGACAGCCGUUUUUAGAAUGAAAAAUGUGGAGAGCAGGCACAAAGCGCUUCUAACUUGCACAGAACAUAUCAUUCUAGUGGCGAUUUUCUACGCGCCGAUCUUGACGGUGAUGAUCAAUGACCUUUUCUUCUUCAUCAUCGAUACGGAGGUCAGUGUGAUCAUCAUGUCUUUAGCUACGUGCAUACCACCCUGUCUGAACCCCAUCGUGUAUUCCCUGGCCACCAAAGAGAUCAAGAAUAGAGCAUCGGCUGUGCUCCAGAAAGUCAAGGUUGCAGUGUGGGCAGGGCAGAAGUAG